AUGAGUGGAAUACAGGAAGAAAAGCCAAUUUGGUACAAAAGACUAAAAUUAGAAAUCGAAGAUGUUAGAAAAUUCAAGGGUCCUUAUGUAAACCCUUAUAUUAGACUAGGAGCAUACGUUUUAAUAACAUUCUUAACAGGUUGUAUUUACUGGGGUUGGAAUGGAAUCCAGGAACUUCUGUACAAGGGAGGAUCCUUUGCGGAUCUUUGUAAUGGACAAUCUGACAUAUCAUUCAUUACUAUCGGAAACGAGCAAUAUAUAGAUUGUGGACUGAGGAAAAGUGAAAUAAACAACCUUUACACUAUUGCUUUUACUUCACAUUUUGUGUUUUCUUUAGUUGGAGGAGUUCUUUUGGACAUUGUUGGCCCUAAAAUAGUAUUUCUGGGCUCACAAGUUAUUAAUUUGACCACUUGGUUGUUGAUAUUUUCAAUUCCAAAAAACAAAAGUGUACUAAUUGCUGGAUUCUUUAUAAUCGGAUUAACUGCAGAAUCAAGCUAUGUUCCACUUCUAACAGUGUCAAGAUAUUUUCCGAAGAAUAAUAGCUUUAUAAUGACUUUGCUGGGAUCAGUUAGAUCAUUAUCGUUUUUCGUGCCUAUGAUUUUGUCUGAAAUAUUCAAGACUAACUUUUUUAAGCCUGAGUCACUAUUUAAGAUCGGUAUAAUAUACGCCGUUUUUGGAAACGGUCUAGCAAUGCUACUGGGAGGAUAUCUUUUGCAGUGGAAAUUUGAAGUAAAAGAAACAAUGCCCCAAAAAUCUGUGGAGUUGGAUGUCCUAGAUGAAGCUGAAAUUUCCAGUUUUACAAGCGAUGAAUUAAUAAAAAUGCUUAAUCCCGAAAACUUUAAAAAGAAAUGCUUGCUCAGUAGAAUGAAAGACUUGAUUGUGUCAGGAUUCAAACACCCUCAACUAUUAGAAUUUGUUCUAUUCCUGAUAAGUUCUACUCUCUUCUUAACCGGGUACGGAUUUGUUAAUAAGGCUCAGCGUGAGAUUUUCGUGACCUCAGACGGCAAAAGUGCUGUUGAUCUCUUCAAAUAUUUCAACAUUUUGACCUUCCUUCCCGCUCCUCUCAUGGGAAUGAUGAUUGAUAAAAUCGGCCCCGCUUACGUUAUUUUCAUUCUACAAUUUUCCGGAUUCUUGUUUUAUUUUCUCAUCACAUUUGACUUUUACGCCACAAAGGUUCUGGCAUGUUUCUGUUACAUUAUCGCCGGCUCCAUUUCAGUUUCCUCUAUCUACUGUUACCUGAACAAAAGGUUUUCUCACAAGAGGUUCGGGACUCUGAUGGGAAUAGUUUUCGUAUCUAUCGGAGCCAUUUCCUUGACAAACAUUCCAUUGUACGAUUUAGCUGUUAUAAACCUCAAACACAAAGCUCCAUUCAACUUCAGGCCAAUAGAAAUUGGACUUGCGGUGUACAUGGCAGUCGCUUUCUCAAUUAUGAUUUAUCUUGCAACAAACGCAAAGCGCAAGCAACCUCAACACAUUCAAAUAGAGUCAGGCUCCUUUUGUGUAUAA